AUGGAAGUAGAAAGCUCAAGGAGAUCAGGUGGCGCUCAUAGGUCAAUAAAUUACAGAGACUCUUCAAGGAAUAGAGAUAGAAACAGAAGAAAUAGAUCAAGUAGCAGAAGUAGUGAUUCAUCUUCUUCAUCUAGGUCUUCAUCUUCAUCAUCAAGCAGAUCUUCAAAUUCUUCAGACUAAUCAUCUUUGCUGUCUGAUUUGUCAGAGGACUACAAGCAGUAGAAGCAUUUGAUUAGGAUCACAAAUUUGUCGAGGAAUGUCAAAGAAGAUACUUUGAGAGAAAUCUGUUCUUGCUAUGGAGAAGUGAAGAAUAUUGACUAUAUAUGUUUCAAAGGUACAGUGAAGCUAAAGGGUGUAGCUUAUGUCCAAUAUGAUAAGGAAGAGGAUGCAAAGAAUGCUAUUGAACAUUUGGCGGCAUUUGAGCCAAAAAGAAGUAUGGAUUAAAAUUUGGAUAGAUAAAUAAGCAGAGAAGAUGACUAGAAUAAAGAGCCUACUAGGGAAAUCGACUUGAAGAUGAAAGAUGACGAAGAUAAAAAUGAUAAUGAUGGAGAUGAUCAAAAAAAGAGUAGAAGGGAGAGACUUAGAGAUAGAAAUGAAAAUCCAGAGUAAGAAUAACCUAGAGCUACUUGGAUUGAUGGAAAAAAGAUAGAUGUAGUUUAUGUAAAUGAGAAAUAUGAAGAGGAUAAAGAAGAAAAAUCUAGAAAUAAUACUAAUAAAUAUAGUAGAGACAAUAGAAGCAGAGAUUAAGUUUCAGGACACUAAAGUAGAUACGGUGGAGGAGACAAAAAUAGAUAUAAAGAUCGUAAAAAUGAGAGAGAUUCUAGGAAAAAAGAAGGAAGUAGAGAGAGAAAGAGAAGGUCAGUUUCUAAAUAAUCAAAUAAUAAUCAUCGAAGAAAUAGACACCACAAAUCGAGAUCUAAUUCAUCUGGCAGUUCCAAAAGUUCAAGAUGA